AAUGGAUAAUAAUACUGCUGCUUAAUUACAUCAGCAUAUAAUCAUUAGUAAAUGUAUUCUUUGAAUUCUACCUUAUAAACGAUGCUUCGAUUAAUUACGACAUAAAAUGGUAAACGGGUUUAAGCAACACAAGCUCAUUGAAUCAUAGGCUAAGAUGCCUACAUGCAUUGUGGCAUGUUUUGAUUAAGAUGUAGACAAAGAAGUUACAUAUGAUAUUGAAUGGGAGUUAUCAAAUGACAAGAUAUAAUAAGGUUAGUCUACGGAGCAGGUGACGAGAAUCAGUUAGAAUGACUCUUCUGAAAAAUAUUAAAGAGAUCAUACAACAUCACAGAACAUUGGGAAGACAUGGAUUUAAUCAAGAUGGCGCUAUCAACAACCACAAUAACUUUACCUCUAACAGCCUCGUAUAUGAUUUGGAUUCCAUCAAACAAUUCCAAAUGAUAAAUCCACUUACAACUUCGGCCAAUAUAAUUUCAGGAAUAUUACUUAUUCCUACAUUUCUGGUCGGAUUACUAGGAAAUGUAUUAGUUAUUUUCACAUUUGUGAAAAAUAAACAUUUACGAACGAGCAACAAUACACUCAUCACAAACUUAAGUGUUUCUGAUGUAUUCGCUUGUGGGCUCGCUGUCCCAUUAGCGUUUGCAGUUACAGUUAUAAACACCUCUGGGAACGUGUUGGGAUUGCCAUGGUGCAAGUUGCAAACGUUUAUAUCAACCUCGUGCAAUUUUGUCACAUUAAUAACGUUAAUCGCAAUAAGUAUUGAACGUUAUAAAAUUAUAGUUGGACCACAGACAAGGUUACAAUAUUUUGAUGCCCGGAGAAAGCUAGCUACGUUCACAUCUUGGAUUGUUGGGGUACUAAUUGCAACACUCGAGGUGGCAAUUCCUAAUACAACGUCCACUUUCUUUGAACGCUGUUUGAUGAGGAAACAUCUGGAUGAGGCCACAGUUCCUCUCUUAAUGUACACGUUGGUACCUUUAGGUGUCAUUUCUCUAUUGCUGGUUACGGUUGUUUACGUCAGAAUAAUAUUCAUCGUAAGAAAACACGUCCAUCCUCAAGUUAACAAAGUCGGGGAUUUAUCGAAUCGACCAAAUUCACCAACACCCAGUGCAGGUAAUGCGUCAGAAUUGUUCAAAUUGAAGAUCCGGAAACGUUGGGCUGCUCUCGCUGCACUUGCUCUAGAAAAAGCUAACACGAAUACAAUCUUAACUAUGAAACGGACAAUAGGUGGUCCGCCAAUAGAGACGCAAGACUUUUCGUCCUUUACGAGCGUCUCAAUGAUACACGAUAAGCAAAGUAAAGUCAAUCCUGAAACCUCCGGCAUGGAUAAACCACAAUCAACUUCAAAGUUUGGGCUCGUAAGGAAACGAUCGUACGCCUCUCUAUCAAAUACCUUAGAAGAUCAAAGGGACACAGUCGAUUCAACUUCAAAGCCGAUACCAAACAAAGAAGAGAAAAAUAAGAACGGAUUCAUCAAAUCUAUAACUCCACCAAUCACGCCGAAGAACGAACCCGACAUUGUUACACGUGACCAAAGUAUGCAAUCAGUAGCUGCUAGGCGAUCCAUGUACAUAGUGACUGCGUUCAUUCUUUCUUGGGCCCCUCUACCUAUUGUUAUAAUAGCAAAAAAGAUUUCACAAAAUUCGAGUGAUGCAUAUUCUCAAUUAUUUGGCGAUUUAGAGACGAUUGGUUAUUGUUUAAUGUUUUCAACGAGAGCAUUACAUCCAGUAUUGUAUGCAAAUUAUUCAAAAGAAUUUCGGAGAGAGUUUAGUAAUAUGUGGAGACAACUGUGUCACCCACAUUGGAGUCAACAUGAUAGGCACUAGACAAUUUUAAGAAUUAAACAAUGGUAAAAACUA